GGAAAAUCAGCUGAUGGAGAAUGUCGGUUAACUUUGAAGCAGGUUGGUGGAAGCUGGAGUUUAUCAUCUUCAACAGUUAGAAUCAUGGCGUGUUUGGGUACGGUUCGUCUUUGUGUUCGCGGUGUGGACCGGUUGUGUCAACUCGGGCAAAAUAUUUUAGUUAGACGAAAAACUUCUGCCGCAUUUGUGAGGAUCAAACACACCGACAUCAAGCCCUUUGAAAGGACCCUGCUGCAGAAUUGUCAGAGAGAAGGAUCAUGCCGAGCCCUAAGUUCACAGCAGGUUGGCCCUGGGUCAAUGCCCGAUUUUCAGCCAGUAGACCCAUACAGACUGCUAGAAGAUGACCUCAAGGACAUCUACAGGGAUAUUCGCCAGGCUAUCACCUCUAACACAAACAUAGACGAAUUAAGGCGGAUUGCGAAUUACUACUUCGAUGGACAGGGAAAGGCACUUCGACCAAUGGUGGCCGUUCUAAUGGCCCGAGCUGUCAACCUACACCACAACAGAAAUGACCUGCUAGCGGAACAGCGACAGGUGGCGAUGAUCGCAGAGAUGAUUCACUCGGCGUCACUCAUCCAUGAUGACGUCAUCGACCAGUCCGACUUCCGACGCGGCAAGCCAUCAGUCAACGUAGUCUGGAACCACAAAAAGGUGACAAUGGCUGGAGACUACAUUCUUGCAGUUGCAGCCAUGAUGAUCGCUAGACUAAGAAAUGAUGACGUCACGCUUGUUCUCAGUCAAAUAGUCACAGAGCUCGUUCAAGGAGAGUUCAUGCAGCUGGGAUCAAAAGAAACAGAAAAUGAAAGGUUCGCACAUUACCUCACAAAGACUUAUCGCAAAACAGCCAGUCUUAUCGCCAACUCACUCAAAGCUCAAGCGAUGUUGGUGGGCGCAGACGAGAAACUGUGCGAGGUGGCGUUUCAGUACGGGCGCAACGUGGGUCUGGCGUUUCAGCUGGUGGACGACCUGUUGGACUUUGUCUCCUCUUCAGACGCCAUGGGCAAGCCGACUGCAGCCGACCUCAAGCUCGGACUUGCCACUGCGCCUGUACUCUUCGCAUGCGAAAAGUACCCAGAGCUGAACCCGAUGAUAAUGCGGAGGUUCCAGGAGAAGGGAGACGUGGAGAAGGCGUUCGAACUGGUGCACAAGUCGCAGGGACUCGAACAGACUCGCUUCCUCGCCAAGAAGCACUGCCUCGAGGCCACUCGGCUCGCCUCGUCCAUCUCGGACUCGCCCUACCAGAAGGCACUCAUUGUCGUCGCUGAUCUGGUCAUUAAUCGCAUGAAAUAGCAUCGACUUCGACUUUCGCACUCCAAUCAUCAACACUUCAUUAUCAAUCCAUAUCGAUAUUUUAAUAUAUCGAUAUUCACAAAAUCUAUACUAUCGAUGUUCAUACUAUCGAUAUUUAUAGAAUCGAUACUAUCAAUAUUCACAAAAUCGAUACUAUCGAUAUUUAUAGAAUCGAUACUAUCAAUAUUCACAAAAUCGAUACUAUCGAUUACCAUACAUCAUUCACCGUUUUCAGAAAAAUUGCCAAAAAUAUCAUCUUCCCAUCUUCAGUUCCACCAGCACCAGUCAUUAUCAACCAUCAUGUUGUGUUUUUAACCCAAAAAUAUAAUGUACUUAUUAAUGUCUAGUGUGUGUUUGCAUCAUAUAUUCAUGAAUGUUAGUUAAUGAGAGCAAUGAAAUAGGCCUAAAGAGCAGCUUGUGUAGUUCCAGUUAACCAAAGUGAAAUAGGUUUUUCGGUGGUGCGUAGAAUACAUAGAAUGUAUUCUGUGUGCCCACAUGCAAUCAGUGUAAUCUAUUCAGUACAGAGUGCAUUUACAAAGUUUUACUCACUGACAUAUUAAAUGUAUUCUGUGUAGGCCUUAGUAGAAUACAUUGAAUAUGAUUAAGUAGAAUUAAUGCAGUGUUUUCUAUUUUCUAAAAUAAAUUUGAGUGCAUCCAGUUUUGGUAGAACAAAUCUAUAUGUAUUCUAUUCAAUAAUUUCAACACUGUUAUGAGAGAUUAUAUGUGUAGAUUGCUUCAUACUGGAAUAAUUAUACGAUACUUUGUUUGUUUUACAUGGAUGAUUGUAAUAAAACUUUACUUUUAAUGAUCAUGACAUCAACAACAAUGCGUUGAAGUGACACAUGUGUUGCCUGUUGCCAAAGUAGAAUUAAGCUCAACAAACAACUGUAGAUUGAUGCAUUAUCAUUGAAACUUGAGUUUUAGGAAGAGGGAACUAUGUAAAUAGAACAAGUAUAGUGUAAUUAUUACAAAAUUGUAUUCAACUUUGUCCUAUAUUGAUUCAACAUUAUACCAUGACAAGAUUCUAUGAAACUAUAAGGUUUGUGGUGAAAUCGUCGAUCAAAGCAGUAACUAUUAAAUUUUUACAAAAAUGACUGACUACGAAUGAAUUAAAAGAUACCGUCCCCUCUGCCCACUGCAAUACUAACAGUUAUUGUUUCAUUGAACCAAAAUCAAUAGGCUAUACUACUACGGGAAAAUGAGUGAUUGAGUUCACGUGAAUAUUCUUGCAAUAUCGAUUCAUCUUGAUGCUCAAUCACUUCUGUAUUAUAGUCCUAUUGAUUUCAUUAUGUUAGUUCUUUUUGUCUUUGGUAGAUGUCAAAUCACAAAUAUUUUAUAUACUUCAACCUACAUGAUUCAGAACGUUUUUUUUUUCUAUUCCAAGAUCCAGCCAAAACAAUGCAAUUAUCCUAUGGUAAAAAUGCUUUUUUUGAAAUUUUAGUUGAACUUUGAAUUAUAUUUAUACCUGUGGUAACGAUUGCAUUUUCAUGGACCAACAUUUGAUCAUAGCUUAAUAUAUCAUUCAAAUAUUCAAUGUAUAUCAUUUUCAAAAAUAAAAUUUAAACCAAGUUAUUCAAAACUAAUUAAGAUUAAUAUUAUGGAUUAUGAUGUUGAUGAAAAUUUUAAUUGCUCAAAUUUUAUGUUUGUUGAUUGAUGAAUUAUAAUUUAUAUUGAUUAUUGAGAGAAUGUUCUUAUAUUAUAGGUUAUAAACAUAGCUUUCUUUAAAAAUUAAUAUAAUGUAAGUUACAGUUCAUUGAAAGUGUAAUAUUCUUUUAAACCUGUCCUUGUGAAUUGGGUUUCAACUAACAAUUAUAUUAUUUAAGAUACCAUCAUUCUUGAAUUUUGUACAUAAAACGCUACUGUAAAAAGCUUCAAUUAGUAAUUUGCAUCGAGAAAACAAAUGUAAAAUUUCACAUAUUCAUUGUGAGCUGUAAAUAUUUUGUCUACAAUUUUACGGUUUCCAACGACUAGAAAAAUGAAACAUUUAAAAGGUUUCAAUACACAAUUAAAUUAUUUUGUUAAAUUAUUAUCUAAAUUCAGAUGGGGAUUCAUUGUACUUUAAUUAUUGACAAAGUCGAGUUCUAAAUUAGCUGUUCCGGUUUUACAUAGAUAUAUUUUUCUAAGAAAAAUGUAAAUAAAACUAUUUGACAAUAAUGUUAAUACCAGGAAGGAUUAAAUAUGAGUUAAAAUAUGGCAUUGUAACAAACUUGAAUCUAGGGUAUUAAAAUGAUGGUAUUUAUGUAGUUCAUGUAAAUUAUAAUGUAAAUAUAUGUUAACAUAGAGAACAAAGAAUAAGAUAAUAACAAUAGCUGAAGAUUUGUUAUCACAUGAAAAAGUUUAUAAUAUAUUGUUAAUGUUAUCGUUAUAAGGUGAAAAGUUUUAUAGAAAUAUCACAAAAAUGUCAUUGGAUACUUGAAAGUUGAAAAAUGUUUCGAAUAAAACUGUUUACUGACAAUAAAUUGAAGUAAAAAUAUUGUUUUGAAAUUGUUAAUACAAUUUAUGUAUUAUCAUGAGUUGCUCUAUCAGAUUUUUAAGUUUGGAUUCACAGAGACCCAGAUUUGAAAUUCAACAUGAAUUAUCAAAAACGACAGAAUUUCAUUCUCAAUUAUUACAAAAAAGGUUAUUGUUACUUUCACAGAAGAAAAUCAGUAUAAUUUAUCCUUUAAAUCAAUAGCAAAUGUAUUGAUUAAAGUUAAUGAUAUUUUCAUUUGCACAAAUUUAAAUUUAUGAACAUCUAAAAUUUCUAGAAAUAAUGUAUUGACAUUAAUGCUUUACUGUGUGCAAUAUAUAGGUAUCCUUUUAAACAAACCUUUUCAAUGCCCUAACAUGUAUCUUUGGUUUGUAUCAAGUUUUUAAUUGUAUUUUUGUAAUAAUAUAAUGCUUCAUUUAAUAUUUUUAUUAUAAAUUUAUUGUGUAGCAUUUGUAGAGUAUAAGUCAUAUUUGUGAAUUUUAUUAUGUGUCUUCAAAUCAAAACUGUAUUGUUCUUCGUUGUAUGCUUUCUAAUUAUUUUAAUAAGUUUGAAGAAAUACAAUCUCAAAAUAAUCGAAUUGAACUUUUCUUUUGAGAUUGACAAUAAUUUUUGUUAAACUACUUUCUCUAAAAGUCUACUGAUUCUUCUAAAAAUACAUUUCCAACCACAGUAGAUAAACUGUUAACUGUUUUCAACUAUGAUAAAGAUACUCUAUGCAACUUUUUCUACCAAUGGUUGAAUCUGCUCUAAUCUCAAUACUAAAUACUGGUUACUCCUAUUAUUAAUUUUCUACACUUGAUUAGUAAAAUACUUUUGAUUAUUGUUUCUAAAACUCUUUCACCAUUUAAUUUCUAUGAGUUUGUUGUUAUUAUUAUGAGAGAAUGUUUUACCAUGGAAGGUGUUACCAUGCCAAGUGUAUAAUAAUUAAAAUUAGAAAUUUAUCCCUCAUCAAUUUGUUUUUAAACUGGAUAAUUUUUCCUAAAAUAGUUAAUUUUCUUAAACACAUUUUCUUGUUGGCAUGCCAAACUAUCAAAACAGAGUGGAGUAGUAGACGAGUGAAAUAGUGUAGUUGUCUCUAGCUUAAAAUUAUUAUUUAUAAUUGUUUGAAUGUUUGAGAGAGUCUGCAUUUUGAGUGUAUAAAACAUCAUAAAAUUGUUGUAAGAUUGUAUAAUAUAGCCUAAAUAGUGAAUGAUAGUUGUAUGUAUAUAACCAUUAUAGAGAUAAUUAUUCUACUUUGCCAGUGGGCAAAAUAACCCUGCCCAAAAAAAUUGGUUAAAAUUUUUUAUUCGGUAAUGGGUUGAAUAUGUUAUUCUUAUUAUAUAAAUACUAUGUAUACAUUGAUUUGUAUGUUAUUGGAUUUUUAACAAAAAAACUGACUUACGAAAUGAUAAACAGAUAUUAUAAUGAAGCUCCUUGUAUUCUUUUGGGUUCUUAGGUCAAUGUAAAACUCGUUUCACAUAGUGCCUUUGUACUGUAAACUGAGUUGUUUGCAAUAUAUUGUCCUGGCAUCCUAUGUUAAUUCCUUCUUCCAAACUUUUUUUAAUAAAGUCCAUUUAUGAA